AUGGCUGACGCAGCAGUUGGUGAUGAACGGAUAGAAGAAGGUGAAAGAGAUGUCGUGCCAGGACAUUUCUUUCUGCCAUUGCCAUUCAAUGAACCCAAUGUCGACAACAAUCUACUGAAGACGAAACUUACUGAGCUAGAGCACGACCUAAAGGUAAGGCUCGGUCGUCUGGAAGAAUUGGCCAUUCUCAACGUCAUGGGGGCGCUGUCGUUCAUCAUCAAAGAUUACGAGAGUGCCCUGGGUCGUUUUGAAGACGUGCUGUCCAAGGAUUGCAACAACCUGAAUGCCCUAGCAAAUCAGAAGGAUGUUUUGGAGAAGCUCGUCCGAAGGGCAGAUGCAGAGCUCCACCAAGCCACACUCGACAGCUUGUUGCAAGUUGGUGAUGCUAUGUCGCCAGACGAGAUCAAACAGCGUCGCUGCCGAAAGGCGCGUUGCCUGGCUGAGCAAGCGUAUGCCUAUGCAUGUGACAUCCACGUCGAUAGGCCUGGGGAGACCAGGUACCUCCAAGCAAAUCACCUGUACGAUGAUGCGUUCCAACUCGGCGGAGAUCUGGUGGAUCCAUUGGAGAGAGAUAACUGGAAGUUCUGCAAGGCCAAAAAUGCUCACAAAAUUGUCAAGUUCUUGACCUACAAAGGAGAGUUCACUGAAGCUGCGUCCAACUUUAAGAUUGCAGAGAAUUUGUUCUUCGAAGUUACCCAAAGCACUCCAGGUGACGCCGAAUUCAAAUGGGAGAGCUGGCGCAACUUGGCCGACCUCAUACGGGGUACCAAAAAGAAAAGAGAAUUUAAGAAUUACACAUUCCGUCCUGAAUUGAAUGUAUACCGAGAUGAUCCGGAAGAAUGCAUGAAGAAAGCAGCAGAAAUUGCCCCCGAGAAUCCCAAGAUGUGGGCCCGCUAUGCCAAUUUUGUUCACUCCCUAAAGAAGAAAGAUUGCACCAAAAGAGCAAUGGAAUUGCUCCAGCGAUCUAUUGAUUUGGACAGCACUGAAAAUAACUUCUAUGCAUUUUCGACGAGGGGAAGAAUAAACUUGCACAAUUACAAAUUUUGCUUGGGAGAGUUUGAGAGGGGCAAUCCACGUUACAGGUAUUCUCCAGGUGUGAAAAGUUUGGAGGAAGCCAAGACAGACUUUGAAAAGGCUCUUGGUAUGAGGGACACACCUUGGGAUUAUUCCUACUUGGGUGAGACUUAUCAUCUCCUUGCCAAACAUUCCAAGAGCCAGAACGAGAAAGAUACGGUGAUUCGACAGUACUUAGAAAAAGCACUGCUCUACUUCAGAAAAGCAGCCGAUUGUGAAGACGGGGAGACACGAACCAUGGUACAUCUGUUGCAGGGACUUUGUCUCUUUGACAUGGGAGAAUACCUCGCCGCGAUCGAAUACUUCAAGAAGGCGAUCCAUUGCGAACCCGAAAGAACCAUAUUCUCCGGUAACUUUGCCGAGCUUCUGAAAGGGUACCUCCAAUUGUUACGUCAACCUCCGGCCAGUGGAGACGGACCUCAAAUGGAAGAGGUUGUGGGGGACUUGAAAAAAGCUCAGAUUAAAUAUGGCCGGGGCAGUCUGGAAAAACACACCAUAAGCAAGUUGGGAUCCGAGUACGGGAAGGAAAUCCGUACAAUCGCGGAAUACUGCAGAGGACGUCCGGAGCAUGCAGAGCUGGUCCCCUUGCUGACAUCCAUGGCCGAGAAACUACCGUUCUCGUUGCCGGUCAUCACCGGUGGUUCUCUGGAGGAACCAUGGAGAGCAUCAUUGGAACACAGCGUUCACCGUCCCAAGGGUGCUGUUUCUGAGGCCGUGGUUGAUGGCGCAUCGGCAAGUUCCACUGACUGA